UCGGCGCGGGGGCCGUUGGCUCCAGACAAAUAAACAUGGAGUCCAUCUUCCACGAGAAACAAGAAGGCUCGCUUUGUGCUCAACAUUGCUUGAAUAAUCUAUUGCAAGGAGAAUAUUUUAGCCCUGUGGAAUUAUCCUCCAUCGCACAUCAACUGGAUGAAGAAGAAAGGAUGAGAAUGGCAGAAGGAGGAGUUACUAGUGAAGACUAUCGCACAUUUUUACAGCAGCCUUCUGGAAAUAUGGAUGACAGUGGCUUUUUUUCUAUUCAGGUUAUAAGCAAUGCCUUGAAAGUUUGGGGUUUAGAACUAAUCCUGUUCAACAGUCCAGAGUAUCAGAGGCUCAGGAUUGAUCCUAUAAAUGAAAAAUCAUUUAUAUGCAAUUAUAAAGAACACUGGUUUACAGUUAGAAAAUUAGGAAAACAGUGGUUUAACUUGAAUUCUCUUUUGACGGGUCCAGAAUUAAUAUCAGAUACAUACCUUGCACUUUUCUUGGCUCAAUUACAACAGGAAGGUUAUUCUAUAUUUGUUGUUAAGGGUGAUCUACCAGAUUGUGAAGCUGACCAGCUUCUGCAGAUGAUAAGGGUCCAACAGAUGCACCGACCAAAACUUAUUGGAGAAGAAUUAGCACAACUAAAAGAACAAAGAGUCCUUAGAACAGACCUGGAACGGGUUUUAGAAGCAAAUGAUGGAUCAGGAAUGUUAGAUGAAGAUGAGGAGGAUUUGCAGAGGGCUCUGGCACUAAGUCGCCAGGAAAUUGACAUGGAAGAUGAAGAAGCAGAUCUCCGCAGGGCUAUUCAGCUCAGUAUGCAAGGUAGUUCCAGAAAUAUAUCUCAAGAUAUUCCCCAGACAUCAGGUACAAAUCUUACUUCAGAAGAGCUGCGGAAAAGAAGAGAAGCCUACUUUGAAAAGCAACAGCAGCAACAACAGCAGAAGCAGCAGCAGCAGCAGCAGCAGCAGCAGCAGCAAGUAGAUCCACCAGGACAGGUCUCACAUCCAUGUGAAAGGCCAACCACAAGUUCAGGAGCACGUGGGAGUGAUCGAGGUGAUUCCAUGAGUGAAGAAGACAUGCUUCAGGCAGCUGUGACCAUGUCSUUAGAAACUGUUAAAAAUAAUAUGAAAACAGAAGGAAAAAAAUAAUACCUUUAAAAAAAUCAUCUAGAUAUUCACACUUUCCAACCUUGUCCUGUGUGGUUACAGUAUAGGGUCCAUCUUGGUAAUGUGUCAAAGAGCAAUGUUCAUCAGAGGAAAUAAGACCUUUAGGGUGGUUUGCAAACACAAUGAGGAGAAAGUGAAAAAAAUGCAUCAGUUGAAGUACUAAAUAAUGAUCCUCCAAAGACUAGCCCAAAAGCUAGUCAGCAAUUAAAAAAUUUAAAAUGGUUUUCUAAAUGUUUCUUUUUCUCUUUGUGUGUGCAAUAUCUAACAUGUCUAAAAUUAGUAUAUUUUUCUUGACUUUUUAUAGACCAAACUAACUUGCUCUUGCCACUGAACUUGUUCCAUGUGAUUUUGUUCUCCUUUUCUCUGUUGGGUUGUAAGUAAUUUGGCUGUCUUUCAUCAUCUGAUAACUGCUUUUAUUUCUCAUGAACCAAAUUAACCUUUCAGGAAAAUGUCUGUCUGCCUCAAUGACGGUAUUAGUUCUGGAAGGAUAAACCUUUCUCUCACACCAAUUGUAUUGUGCAGUGGAUGUUUUCUCCGGUUAUUUUCUUGGUUCACAAUUUUUCUGCUAGCUAGAUUUUAUUAUUUUUCUACAACUCUUUUGAAAGAUGGUUAUCUUUUCUGAGGUUUUGUUUUUUAAGCUCUCUACGAUGGGAUCAUUAUUUUAUGACUUCGGUGCAUUCCUAAAUUCUGAAAUCGGCUCUACACAGUAUUUGAGAAUAAAUGAGCAUUAAAAAAAAAUGUGUGAGCACAUGCUUUCUCAGAUGCUUUAUGAAUGUCUUUUCAAUUGUGGCAGAACUUUUACAGCUUUGUUGUAAUCCCUUUCUCCUGCRCCUUAUUUCCUUUUUCUCCAGUUGGGAAAUGUCGAAAGCAUAGUGUGCAGGCACAUUUCCCUGUGUUACAAGGCUUAACAUAUGUACCCACUAUGAAUGUAUGAUAGAGAAAAAUCUGGCCUUCAAUUUUAGUAAUAGUUUAUUUUAAUUUUUCUUUUGUGAUGGAGCUCUAUGUUGUAUUUACAAUUGAAUCAUGGAAUGUAGAUGUCUGCUUCACAUUUUUUAGGUAGGUAAGCUUGCCAGAGAUGGUAAUAUGGAACAUGAAAUAGUUUACUAAUGAAAAUAUAUUUAAAUUUAUACUGUGAUUUGACAUUGCAUCAUGUUUAAAUAGCUUUAGAGUUACUGAAGUCACAGUACUUAAUGAGUCUGUAAAUAAGAAAGUUCUUAGUUUUGAUAAACAUUGGGAUGCACAGAGAGUUUCUUGCUGGAUCAAUAUAGUGGUGUGAUUUUGGUGAAAAUUAACCACGUCUCACCUGGUGCAGUGGCACAAGCRUGUUAUUCUAGCAACUUGGGAGACUGAGGCAGGAGAAUCACAA